AGUGGAUCAAAGAGUGGAAGUGGAUCAAAGAGUGGUAGUGGAUCAAAGAGUGGUAGUGGAUCAAAGAGUGGAAGUGGAUCAAAGAGUGGAAGUGGAUCAAAGAGUGGAUCAAAGAGUUUUCCUUCAGACAGAGGUAGUAAAACCUCCGAUUCUAAAGAAUUUGAUGAAAUUGACUUCCCAAAGGAUGAUACUAUGCAAGCAAGUUUUCCAUUUGACGAAUAUUCUCCGUACUAUCCCGACGUUGUUGGACAGCCUCUGGAGCGAGAUAGUCCACUUUGGCAUCCUGAGCUGCCCAAUGGUGGAAAGAAAUUGGAUUGUGUAUAUGGAACAAGCAUAGGUGGUCAAUAUGGUGAAUCAAGCUGUGAAUCUUUGAAACCAUCUCUCUGUCAAUGGCCAGGGCCUGGAGAAAUUAUUUGUGAAUAUGAUGAACAGCUCGGAGAAUAUAUGGACGAUUUAAAUGGGGAGUUCGAAAUGGAAAUCCCAAUGUUAAAUGAUAACAUGAACGAUGAAAUGAAUGAUGACGACUGGAAUGAUGACGAGAUACAACCUCUAAAUGAAAUGUCAAAACCUAGUAAAAGCAAAAGUGGUAGCAAACAGAGUUCUGAGAGCAAAGAAAGCAAAGAGAGCAAAGAGGGUGCCGGGAGCAAGGAAAGCAAAGAGAGUGCCAAGAGUAACGAAAGCAAAAGUAGUUCUGGGAGCAAGGAAAGCAAAGAUAGUGCCAAAAGCAGCGAAAGCAAAAAUGGUUCUGGGAGCAAGGAAAGCAAAGAUAGUGCCAAGAGCAGCGAAAGCAAAAAUAGUUCUGGGAGCAAAGAGAGCAAA